GCGGAACGCCAUGAAGCGAGGGAUCCUGGGAAAGUUGUGGCUGUCAUGAGUUUGUCCUUUCUGUACACUUCAUUAUUUCAGUGCUUCCCUAAAGACGCCAUAAUGCGUAUUUUCCCCUAAAUAUUGUUAUUUAUUUAGCCCAGUUUUGUCUCCUAAAAGUCGAGUACAAAAAAAAAGGAAAUAUUUUUAAUUGGACUACAAAUCCCAUACCUCUUCAUUACAUCUUGUUUAUCAGUGACUGCGUUUCUUGUGUGGGAGGAGUUAUUUUUGCCUGGGUAACAUUCUUAUAAUUAAAUAUUUUUUAUUCUUAAAAUGAUAUAAAAAAUAUUGCGACUCUCGUAAUUUUCUAACAAAAUAACUGGUGAUUUCAGCGCGAAGUGAGUGGCAUAAAUCGUGUGAAAAGUCACUCUUCUCGGCGCAGCUCUGCUUGCUGGAGCGGCUGACAAAUGGUGCGCACCCACUUGCGUACGUUUGUGUAACUUCGUUCCCAUUUGCAUUAUAUUAAUCCGCUCAGGUCGUCGCCAGAUAUAGGCUACAUUAGAUGUUAUAAAAAAUGAAAUAUAUCGCUAUAUCGCUCCAAUGAACAGCAAGUAACGUAUUGGGCUUGAUUGAAAACCAAAUAUUGAUCAAGCCGGAACCUUUGUGAGGGAAGUUCAGGAGGUGGCACUGCAAGUACGGCAUAUUUGGUCGACGGACUGUACACAAAGCAACACUCUGGAUGCUGAUAGAAAGACUUGGUGCAGCAGGAAGGUCCUGUUUCUCCGCAGCAUCUCUGCGUCCGUUCUCCAGCUCCAACGCUAUGGCGAAAAGCAAGUUCGAGUACGUCCGCAGCUUCGAGACGGACGACACCUGCCUCCGGAACUGCUACGUUGUCGUGCGACUGGAUGGUCGCAACUUCCACAAGUUUGCAGAGCAGCACCGGUUCGCCAAGCCCAACGACGACAGGGCUCUGGGGCUGAUGAGCAAGAGCGCCCGCUCUGUCAUGGAGGAGCUGGAGGAUAUCACCAUCGCCUACGGUCAAAGUGAUGAGUUCAGCUUCGUUUUCAAGAGAACCACCACCUGGUUCAAGAGACGAGCCAGUAAACUCAUGACUCAUGUGGCCUCCCAGUUUUCCUCUUCGUAUGUGUUUUACUGGAAGGAGUUCUUCGGAGAGCAGCCCCUCCUGUACCCGCCUGGCUUUGACGGGCGGGUGGUUUUGUAUCCCACCAACCGUAACCUCAGGGACUACCUCAGCUGGAGGCAAGCAGACUGUCAUAUAAAUAACUUGUAUAACACCGUAUUUUGGACACUGGUUCAAAGAGGAGGACUCACUACAACGCAGGCCGAAGAUCGACUAAAGGGAACAUUAGCUUCAGAUAAAAACGAGAUUUUGUUCUCAGAAUUCGACAUCAACUAUAACAACGAAUCUGCCCUCCACCGGAAAGGCACCACCCUCAUUUGGGAAAAGCGGGACGAGACGGUUAGCAAGCGCAUAAAGCGACCAAAUGAGGAGGAGAAGCUGGUUCCUGUCACACGGAGCAGGAGGAAGGUGGAGAUCUACCACUGUGACAUAAUCGGGGACCAGUUCUGGGAGGAACACCCAGACGUUCUAGAGGACGACACCUGACAACAGCAACUCUCCUUGGAAAAAUGACUCUGAGCUGCAUAUUUAAAGCUGGCGCUCACAGACAGAGACUAAAGAAGCACAACAGCAGCUUCUUGAAACCAAACUGUGCUUUUUAUCGUUCACAGUACAUUCAUUCUCCCAACAGCUGAUUUGUGUUUCUACUUUUAAUCUAUUAAAUCACGUGCAUAACGAUCUGUCAGAAAGUCAAAUUACGCUCACGUUAAUUUCUUCCCAUCACUGCCACCUGAUACUGAGGCCAUUCAGGGGCAUGCAUGUCUUGCCUUCCUCCCCCCAUAGGGUUACUUCUCUAAAAAUAUACCCUCAUGCGAUAUCAUGAAUGGCAUUCAAAAUACUACCGAUGCCUGAUCGUUCUGCAUGUCUAACAUCACCGUGACACUCUGACGGAACAGCUCCUUUGCAGUGCAUGCUGCCAGUCGGAGUUAAUCUUGCAGAAAGCGACGGGUUUCGUAAAGAAAAUAAAUAAAUACCAGUAUGUAGAGGGAAAGAAAGGGAGGGGGGAGUAGAAAUAAUCCACUCUACAACAGAAAAAAAUAGCCGUUUAUUGGAGCCAAGGCACCCAUGAAGAGACGUGAGUGGAUUCAGUGGUGUGCUGUCAUCAGGGCUAAGAAUACCUCCCACACCCUGCAUUCACCCUAUCCCUCUGACAUGCGCUGCGUGGCAUAUCACACUUCCAGCGGCUGCUGCACUCCUGGGGAGUUUGAAGCCUUACUGUAUUCUGUUACUGUAGCUCACGCAACGGGAAGUGAAGUUUUCUGAUGAUCGGCAGAAGUUAAUUCAGUCAAAAAGGAUCAUUUGAUUUAACGAGAUAAAGCAAAUGAUCUGUGUGUCCAUAUGCUGUGGCUGGUGGCUCUCUGUGUGUGCAGACAAUGACUGGAUAAAUGGUCACAUAGACCAGAGGAAACCCUAGAAACGAGAGCAUGUUGAGACAAGUCAGCCUGUUAUUUAAAGGCAGCAUGGAUAUGCUGUGCUAAUCCCCUUGUGCUACUGUCGUGGAAAAAAAAAAAAAAGGAUCGGUUCUAUUUAAGUUCAGCUUUUCACUUUUUCAUUUUCUUUUUUUAGUUCUGAGCGUGGACGGCGACAGAUGUGCUGACAGCAUUCACUUUCUUCUACACCAAGUUUGAAGGGUCAAAAAUUUUAAGAAGUUGAAUACGUUUUAAGGCUCAGACUUGUCAAAAACCUGUGGUUAGUGUAAUAAAAUUGAUUCCAUCUCGUUUUAAAAACUUUGUUCUCCAGAGCCAAUUUUUCCGUUUUUACUAGUUGAUGCA